AUGAAGUACUUUAUUGCAUUUGUGCUUUUUAUCGGUAGCCAAACAUUCGUAAAGGCUGAAAAUGAUUUUUUUCCUGACUACAUCCAUCCAUGUACGAUGACAGAACCGGACUUUAAGGAAUGUGUGAAAAAACAAAUGAUAGACUCCCUUGGAAAUUUUUCAAAGGGGAUACCCGAACUUGGAGUGAAUUCUACUGAUCCAGUGAACUUGGACGACAUCCACAUUGAUGGAGCUGGUCUAAAAUUGAAAUUUACAAAUGCUCAAAUGCAUGGACUCAGCAAUAGCAAACUUACUCAGUUCGAUUUUAAUUUUGGCUCAGAAGAAGAGUCGAUUAAAAUAGGAGUUACUGCAAAUCUCAGUUUAACCGCCCAAUACAUUGCAGAUGGUCAAAUUCUAUUUCUUCCUAUAAAAGGUGAAGGAGAUGCCCUGAUUGAAUGCUAUGGUAUUGAAGUAGAAUUUAGCAGCAAGCUAAAGCGCGUGAAAGGGAGUAAAGGUGAUCACUUGAAAUUACUAGCGCCUACCUACAAAUACGACAUACAAUCCACUACGUUCGAUUUGAAGAACUUAUUCAACGGCAAUAAAGAAAUAGCGGAAACUACACUAAACUUUGUUAAUAAAAAUUGGAAACAAAUUAUGGAUGAACUCGCCCCACCGGUUGUGAAGCAAAUUGUCAAAACAAUUGUUAAAACCAUCAAUAAUUUCUUUUCAAAAGUAACACUUGCUCGCCUCAUACUGGAAUAUAAAGAAAAGCCU